AUGUGGAUAGAUCAUGAAAUAACAAGUUCUGUUUUUUCGCGAAGAAUAUUCAGUUUAUUAAGAAAAAAGAGUAUUUCAGACGAAAACAAAGGGCAUCAGGCCAAUGUAGACAAAAAUGUUCUUUUGAGAGAUACUCAGAAGUCGUCGUUAGACUAUGUUUUGACGACAGUUGACUCUGUUGUGAAUUGGGCAAGGCAGGGCAGUAUUUGGCCAAUGACAUUUGGAUUGGCGUGUUGUGCAGUUGAGAUGAUGCACGCAUCUGCACCAAGAUAUGAUCAAGAUCGACUAGGUGUUAUUUUUAGAGCAAGUCCUCGGCAGUCAGAUGUGAUGAUUGUAGCAGGGACGCUAACAAAUAAGAUGGCGCCUGCUUUACGGCAAGUGUAUGAUCAGAUGCCGGAGCCACGCUGGGUAAUUUCGAUGGGGUCAUGUGCUAAUGGAGGCGGAUAUUACCACUAUUCGUAUAGUGUUGUUAGGGGAUGUGAUAGGAUUGUACCUGUUGAUAUAUAUGUCCCGGGAUGUCCGCCUACGAGUGAAGCACUUUUGUAUGGUAUUUUCUUGUUACAAAAAAAACAGAGAAAUCAGAAAAUUACACGUUUAUGGUAUCGGAAGUAG